AUGGCGUCAAAUAUCACCCUCAUCGAAAACGCAGAAGCGUCCGAAACCCUCUCUCAACUUCGCGACCAAUCCAUAAGCUCAGCGGCCGUCCGUCGACUCGUGAGCGAACUGACAGCAAACCUGACAAAAAGCGUCAUCAAACCUCCAGCUGCCGACGAAAGAAUCGCAGUAAUUGUGAUCCUUCGAUCUGGUCUCGCCAUGGCCGACUCGUUUUUGGCUGCUUUCCCCGAAGAUGCGGAUACAGUGACAUACCAUCUUGGUCUGUUCCGAGAAAAGGAGUCGUUGCGACCGAUUGAAUACUAUAAUAAACUUCCUGCGAAGAGUCCCAAGAUUAAGCAUGCUUAUAUUCUGGAUCCUCUGGUGGCAACGGGUGGAACUGCCAAGGCUGCGAUUGAUAUCUUGAGGGAUUGGGGCGUUGAUCGUAUCACUUUGUUUGCUUUGCUUGGAAGUGAAAUCGGCUUGCAGAAGGUUGCAAAUGUGUGGCCUGAAUGUACAGAUGUGUUUGUGGGUGCUAUCGAUAAGGAGCUUGAUGAUAAGGGAUACGUUAAGCCCGGACUUGGGGAUAUCGGGGAUCGUCUUUUUGGAACUAGUCUAGGCUAG